AUUCAGAAAUCUAGCCAACCUUUCAAAUUUUUUAUUUCACUGGAGAAAAAUAUUUUACAAUACACCAUAGUAGAGUUAGUUAAAAUUCGAAGUAUGAGUGUUUAAGAAACUACUUAUCGUUUUACCAUUACACCGUGACCCAAGGGGUGUCUUAGGCCUAUCUCUUGCAGUUGACAUCAGCAGAUAACGAUGCUCAACGGGAUGGCCUAUCAGCGUGGUGCUUUGGUUAAACAAUCAACUGAAUGAUGCCGGCAAUGACUAUUCUUCCAGGACAAUGUCACAUUACCGCACCUGGACCUUAGCGGUCUAGCAAACUUAGAAAUUUGAAGGCAUCAUUAAAUGAUCUGAUUUUUCAGAAACACUAGAACAGAGAAGAAAGUUAAGUCUCUAACAGAUUUCCUUUCACCACGGUUUAGGCACAUGCAACUAUUUUGGCCAUCUGCUUCUCGUCACCGAUUCUUGCUCACUUCGGUAUAGCAUUCAUUGUCCAGCCACAUGCCAAAGGACAUUAGACUUCCCUCGAAACCUUGAUUCAUAAUCCCAUUUUGCUACCUAGAUAACUAGAGAAUUUAUAUCCACAGAACAAAGUGCUGAAAGAUGUCGGUAGGUGAGAUAAUUCAACCAAUCUAAAGAACAGCAGCUUAGUUAAACCCUUUCUCUAGUUAAACCCCCCAAGCUACCACCACCAAAUGCGCUUAUUUAAAUGCCGAGUUCCCAUAGCAGCACCUUGCAGUAUCACCAAAAUGGUGAAGAGUUUCAGAGUGUUGUAUCUUCUUCUCAGGCUAUUAGCUGCAGCAGCUGCUCUUUCUGCGGCCAUCGUCAUGGCGACAAGCCAUGACUCGACCACCUUGUUAGGCAUAACCUUGGAAGCCAAGUUCCAGUACAAUCCUGCCUUCGAGUUCCUUGUCAUUGCAAAUGGUAUCGGGUUUUGCUACAGCUUAAUAGCACUCUUUAUACCAUCAAGUUUGCUAUCAAGAUUGGUCAUUAUGUUUGAUGUGAUUAUAGCAAUGCUGCUGACAGCUGCCAUAGCUGCUGCCGGAGCCAUGGCACAGCUUGGGAAGAACGGCAACACUCAUGCAGGAUGGCUGCCUGUAUGUGACCAAGUUCCCAACUUUUGUGAUCAUGCAAUGGGAGCUAUGAUAUGUGCCUUGGUUGGUGUUGUUACCUACCUUCUCAUUGUGCUCUACGAUGUUCACAUGUUGUUGAGUCCUAAGCUGCUUCCAUGAUCCUUAUAACCUAUAGAAAAAAUUUACAUCAAUAUGUUUAGCUACUAUGCAAGAAAUUCAUGUUCAUUUCUUUGCCAAUCAAUUAUACAAGUUGAUUGAGAUCAAUGGUCAUUCAUCAGUAUUUGAGCUUGUAAUGUAAGUUGGAUGAAACUACCUGACUCCAGUGUAACUGCCUCUCUUUCCAAGAGAGUGGACAAUCUUCUUUACUGAA